AUGCUUCCGUCUCUUCUUCCUGUGCUCCUGCUUUCAGUGCUAGCAGAGGCAUCACCAGGAAAGCGAGCAGCCAGUGCAUCAGCCUACUGCUCAAACUCAAAUGGCAAUUACAAGCUCUCAGAGAUUGCAGCACCAGUCCAGGGCAGCGGCAGUCCAGGCUCCGAGUCGACCUGGAAGCUGAGCAUCGAUGAUACAUCCAGCGGGCACAAACAAACAAUUGUGGGCUUUGGAGCCGCUGUCACCGAUUCCACAGUCACAUCAUUUAAUACGCUGUCCGGUUCCACGCUGCAACAACUCCUCAAUGAGCUGAUGACCGGCGCCGGCGCUGGAUUUUCUUUGAUGCGCCAUACGAUUGGCGCUUCCGAUCUGUCUGGUGACCCGUCGUAUACCUAUGACGAGAAUGGGAAUAAUGCCGAUCCAUCCAUGUCUGGUUUUAACUUGGGCGACCGUGGAAAUGCCAUGGCUACGAUGCUGGCUAAGAUGAAAUCCCUUCAGCCGACCUUGAAGAUUCUUGGUUCACCUUGGAGUGCCCCCGGAUGGAUGAAGCUAAACCAUGUGAUUGAUGGCGCUACGAAAGAUAAUAACCUCAACGAUGGCUACUUGACUAGUGAAGGCACUGGGAGUACUGGGUAUGCUAGUGCCUUUGCGCAGUAUUUUGUCAAGUACAUUCAGGCCUACCAGAAGCUCGGUGCCCACAUCGAUGCUAUUACCCUUCAAAACGAACCUUUGAACAGCCAAGCUGGGUAUCCUACAAUGUAUAUGUUUGAUUAUGAGUCUGCGCAGUUGAUCCAGAACUAUGUCGGUCCGGCUCUCGCUCAGGCCAGCCUGAACACCGAUAUCUGGGCAUAUGAUCACAACACUGAUGUGCCAUCCUACCCUCAGAACGUCAUCAACGUAGCUGGCCAGUAUGUUCACUCGGUAGCGUGGCACUGUUAUGCCACCAAUGUAGACUGGACAGUCCUCACCAAAUUCCACGAGACAAAUCCCAGCAUCAAGCAAUACAUGACAGAAUGUUGGACACCCGCAUCGGCAUCAUGGAACCAAGCCGCCGAUUUCACGAUCGGGCCUUUGCAAAAUUGGGCGUCGGGCGUUACGGCCUGGACACUCGGCACAGAUGACCAAGAUGGUCCUCACCUUUCAACUGGCGGUUGUGGAAACUGUCGAGGUCUGGUGACUAUUUCCAACGGCGGGUAUACUUUCAACCCGGCAUACUAUAUGAUGGCUCAGUUUAGUAAGUUUAUGCCGCCGGGCGCGAUUGUGCUAAGUGGAACCGGAAGUUACACGUAUUCCAAUGGAGGAGGUGUGCAGUCUGUUGCUUCACUGAAUCCAGAUGGAACUCGCUCAGUUGUUAUUGAGAACACGUUCAGUAAUGAUAUUUACGUUACUUUGUCUACUAAUGGUGGCCAGCAGUGGAGUGGUAACAUUCCGAGUCAGUCUGUGACAACUUGGGUGCUUCCUGUAGCAUGA